GCUCCCAUAUCUAUGUAGCCUUCUGCCAAAGCUGCAGAAACGCAUGUGAGGUAUUGUGGAGUAUUGCGAGUGGGAAUCUCCAAGAGACUCGGCAAACCAUUUUUCGCCGUUCCAAUCAUUGCAUCGAGGAUGCUGACACAGACCACUCAGUAGUAUAUAAGGACAGUCUAUGCUAAGGGCAUUUUCUUUCAUCGCAGAGCCUAACCUGCAUUUCACCUGCUACAAUGACGUCCGGAGUUCACCAGAGGGCGAAGAUACAAUCCGCGUCCCCCAUAGCUCCCCUGGGUAUUGAAGCCGCCAUGGAGGCGAAAGCCAACCCUUCCAUCCAAUCUCGCCCGAAAAUAUUCGACGAGUUUGCAUUGACCGACCGGGUCGCACUCGUGUCUGGAGGAAAUAGGGGCAUCGGGCUCGAAAUAGCAAUCACCCUAUGUGAGGCCGGCGCAAGGGUUGUGUAUUGCUUUGAUCUACCUGAGGAACCUUCAGAAGUGUUCCUAGCUUCCCAGGAUUUCGUCCGCAAGCUUGGGAAUAAUUCGAGGCUCGUGUACUUUAGGGCAGAUGUGCGCGACCAGCAACUGCUGUGGAAGAAAGCCGAAGAGAUCGGUGAUAAGGAACAACGGCUCGACAUUUGUGUCGCAGCUGCUGGCAUUGUCAGGCCCGGCACGGGUUGUUUGGAAUCUCCCGGAGAAGCGUUCAAGGAGGUCAUCGACGUGAAUACAAAUGGGGUUUUCUUCACGGCCCAGGCCGCUGGGAGGCAAAUGGCACGCUUUGGUCGUGGAGGGAGCAUCAUAAUGAUCGCUUCUGCGGCGGGUAGUGCCGCCGUCACGGGUCCCGAAGUGACAUCAUACACUUCGGCCAAGUCGGCUGUUCUGCAGAUGGCUCGCAGUAUGGCGUGUGAGCUCGGAUGCAAGAAGAUUCGCGUGAAUACGUUGUCACCUGGUUAUAUACACACCCAAAUGACUGGAGCAUUCCUCGAUACGCAUCCUGAACUGCUCGAUGAAUGGUCGCGCUUGAAUCCGCUUGGACGAAUCGGAAGACCUGACGAGCUUCGGGGCGUUGUAACGUGGCUUGCCUCUGACGCGUCUACUUUCUGCACUGGAAGCGACAUUAUCAUGGAUGGUGGACAUUGCGCGUGGUAGUUAUGUGCUUUCCGCGGGGCGCCGCAGAAAUGGAGGAAGCUACACGAUAAAGGUAAAUGACCUGGGUCAAUCACAGGUUUAAAGGCUUGUCGAAACAACCAGGGGAAUGGAGUGUACCUGUCUGAGAGUCAAUCUAUG